UGUUACGUCACAUCCCCCGCCUGCAAUAUCAAAAAUGGCGGACGCUUGAAGCUCUGUCGCUUUGCACGGAAGCUCCUUUGGCGUCACCCUUUUCAGACCUUUGACUGCUGAUAACCACGUGACUAACAGCCAGAACAUGACCUCGACUCCUAGGCGGUAGGAUAAAAUAUUUUCUCUGUAGGUGCGUGAACGCGUCAAGGAGAUCAAUGGAUCAGACUAAAGAGCAAAAUGACGAUUAUGGCUACAACUUGUUUCCGGAAAGAAAGAAGAGCAAAUACCAGAAAGGCUCCAUUGGGGAAAGCUUGUUCACCUUCAGCCACAAAUGUCAGAUUAUGCUGCAUGUCGCAGUGGAGACAAAUCCAUAUGCAAAAGUUCUCCUCGGCGCCCUGAAGAACUCGGGCUGUGCAGUGUACAAAGACAGACAUUUCUCCUGUGAGGACUGUGACGGAACCGUUAGCGGUGGCUUCGAUGCCACAACAUCUCAGAUUGUGUUGUGUCAAAACAACAUUCACCAACAGGCUCAUAUGAACAGAGUGGUCACACAUGAGCUCAUUCAUGCGUUUGAUCACUGUCGUGCACAUGUUGACUGGUUCAAAAACUUCAAGCAUUUAGCUUGCUCAGAGAUUCGGGCAGCCAGUCUCAGUGGAGACUGCUCAUUCAGCAAUGAACUCGCUAGGUUUAAUUUUGGCCUCAAAAAGCACCAUCAGAAAUGUGUGCGGGACCGUGCAACACGCUCUAUCCUCGCUGUGCGGAAGAUAAGCAAAGAAGAGGCGGUGAAAACAGUUGACGAAGUAUUUGACAGCUGCUACAAUGAUCACGAACCCUUCGGCCGCAUACCACACAGCAAAAAAGACGCCAGGUUCGCCUACAGAGAUUUUGAGAACAGAGACCGAUACUAUGCAAACCUAUAAGUGGCGGCAGAGUCGCACACCAGUGUGAAUAAAGGGAAAUAUUUGACCUAAUCCAUGCACCGUGCUAUUUUAUUAUAAAAUCCAGUUGCAUAUUUAAUUCAUUAUGUGAUUUAUGUUACACUAAAUAAAUUGUGAAUUUUGUAACAUACUAUGUAAUGCUUUCCUAAAUAUAUAUUAAAUAUAAAGACACACAAUAAAAAUGGUGCCAAAAGACAUCAUUUUAGAUCAUUUUAGUUGCGUUAUUUGGAAUAAAGGCAACUCGUAAUUUUGCUGACUAAUAAGUUAUUAUUAGUUUUAAUUAGUUGUUUUUAUUAAUAUAUUAUAAGGUAUUUUCAUGGUCCUUUUUUUAAUUAAGAAAUGUGAGUAAACUUAUACUUAAGAUCUUCAGAACACAGCUAUGACUGAAAUAUAUAAAAGUAAGAUAUGGUACAGUUGUGUUAAAUAAAAAAUAUAUAUACACAAUGAUUAUUACAUACACUUAAUAUAUACACUAAUGAUUACUGCUCUGUCCAUGCAUUUUAAUUGACUUGUCUAUUAAAGUUGCAGUUAUUGUGCUUGAAUGGUAUGAGGAACAAUUGUAAUCUGUUAGUGAGCCACUAGGAGGCAGCAGUUACUUGCAAAAGAGCCUGUUAAGACACUGUUGUUAUCCCAAAAGAGAGAACUUUGGUGAGGAAGUUUGGUGAGGAUUGUGAUCAAAUUCACUGUUAACUUCACUGGAUAAUCAGGAGAACGAUGCUGUAUUAUAUUUAUAUGAUGGGGUCAAUUAUAAUCUGCAUUCUGUACAUUGUUUGGAUACUCCCUAUUGUACCAUCACCAUAAACUGUCACAAAUGUUUGUCUUUUUUUCCCAUGUCGGUCUCCUUAAUGGCUAUGUUUUAUUUUUCUCUCUCUUUGAAACAAUUGCUUAGGGCAUUACAUUGUUUCAUUGUUUCAAAACUAGAUAAUGGUAGUUCAGAUGUUUUCUAUUUAGCUGCUUAGUUCUGUGUAAUAGAAUGCUCUUCCAUUACCACCUUCUUCUUCUUCUUCUUCUUCUUAUUAUUAUUAUAUAAAGCUAAAUGGUAAAGGUUUUAUUUGCAUGACUAACCUAAAGGUUUUCGUGCACACUAACAAUCUGAUUACUCUGGCUUACUGGGAACAACACAAAAAUAAGGGGAAGAUUGCAUAAUAAAUAAAAAUUUAUAUUACAUGUGGCUUAUUUGUCAGCAAUUAUGCUAACACUUCAAUCACAGCACAAUUCUAUAGUAAUUUGUAUUUUCAGCCAUUAUGUGAACACUUCUGCUGCUAAUAAAUGAUUUGCAUAGCAAACACAGAACUGUUCCUAGGGUAGAGAAUCUGUUUUUCUCUUUUUAUUAGUUGAAUGUCAGUUAAUUAAUACCCUAUUAUA